CUUUCUUGUGGACGGGAUCCCAAUCCGGGUGUUCAAGAACAACGAGGCUAACGGCGUUGCUUACCCGAAAAACCAACCAAUGAAGAUCUACUCGAGUCUUUGGGAAGCUGAUGAUUGGGCCACACAAGGCGGGAGAGUCAAGAUCGAUUGGACUAACGCUCCAUUCAGCGCUUCCUACAAAAGUUUCAACGAUGUGGACUGCUGCAGCCGGACCUCGAUAUGGGACUGGGUUACCUGUAAUGCGAAUAGCAACUCGUGGAUGUGGACUACGCUUAACGCAAAUCAGCUUGGACAGCUGAAGUGGGUGCAAGAUGAUUAUAUGAUCUAUAACUAUUGUACAGAUUUCAAGAGGUUCCCUCAAGGUUUACCCACGGAAUGCAACCACAAUUGA